GAUUGUACGUAUUGCAGGUUUCCAGAAGUUUUCUAAAUUAAGAAAAUUGGAAUUCCUCGAUCUAAGUUAUAAUAUGUUGACCAAUAAUAGUAUCGUAUCAUCUUUGAGUGAGCUUCCAUCUCUCAAGUUUUUAUAUCUAGCUGAAGAUGAAUUUCAAGCAUCCAACCAUGCUGAUGCUGAUUUAGAAAAGCUGUCAAGACUUGACCAUUUGGAGGUGCUUGACCUAAGUGGAAGAAUAAACUUCAGCUACAACAUCCUAUCAUCUUUGGCAAGUCUUCCAUCUUUAAAAGCUGUAUCCCUAGGAGAUGGUGAAAUAAAAAUGAACCCGAGUAAAAGAGGUUUUCAUAACUUGUCCAAAGUGGAAGAGUUGUUUCUGGAUUAUUCUAUCCUCCCAACCAACUUCUUUCAUGGCAUUGGAGCAUUGACUUCUCUCAAGGUUCUAUCACUGUACAACUGCAGACUCAAUGACUCCUUAACACUCCAAGGUUCUCAUAACUUGUCCAAAGUGGGAGAGUUGUUUCUGGAUAAUUCUAUCCUCCCCACCAACUUCUUUCAUGGCAUUGGAGCAUUGACUUCUCUUAAGGUUCUAACACUGUACGACUGUGGACUCAAUGACUCUGUAACACUCCAAGGCCUGUGUGAAUUGACACAUCUUGAAGAGUUGGAUGUGAGCUACAAUUAUUUAGGGGGAGCCCUACCUUCAUGUUCAUCAAAUUUGACUUCUCUCCUAAGCUUAAGCCUCGAUUCAAACAAAUUUUUUGGAGAUAUAGCUCUAUCACCCCUUAACAAAUUGACAUCCCUUCAAUAUCUGUCCCUUUUAGAUAAUCACUUCCAAAUUCCCAUCUCCCUUCAACCAUUUUUCAACCAUUCAAAACUCAAGCAUCUUUAUGCUGAAAAUAAUGAAUUUUACAUAGAUAGCAACAUUGAAUCUUUGGAACCAACUUUCCAACUAAAUACCUUACUUUUGUCUAGUUGUGGAGAUUGUGGAGCAAUUCCAAACUUCCUCUACUCUCAACACGACCUGGAGUAUUUACACCUCUCGCACCUUAACCUAACGAGAGAGUUUCCCAUUUGGUUGUUGGAAAACAACACAAGGUUGAAGACACUUUCCCUGGUUAACAAUUCUCUCUCUGGACUUAUUGAGUUGCCAGCUCAUUCUCAUAUGAGUUUGGAAAGUCUAGAUAUCUCCAAAAAUUUCUUGGAUGGCCAUAUUCCAAUGGAGAUUGGAGCAUCUUUGCCAAGUUUACUAGAUUUAAACAUAUCGGAAAAUUCUCUUACUGGCAGCAUUCCUCCUUCAAUUGGUGAUAUGAAGUCGCUGCAGUCUUUGGACUUAUCUCACAAUAACUUAUCUGGUGGAAUACCUGAGAAGUUAACCAUGGGUUGCUCAUCAUUAGUUUCACUUAUUCUAUCAAACAACGAUCUACAAGGCCAGAUUUUCUUUGAGAAAUUUAGCUUAUUCCAGUUGGAGGAAUUACACUUGAAUGGCAAUCACUUUUCUGGAAGUAUCCCAAAAAGCUUAUCUAACUGCUCCUAUUUGUCUUCAAUAGAUUUCAGCAAUAACAAUCUCUCUAGUAGGAUCCCGAGAUGGAUGGGAAAUAUGUCACACUUGCAAGACAUUAUCAUGUCCCAUAAUGGUCUUGAAGGUCCAAUUCCUAUCGACUUUUGUCAGCUUCAAUUUCUUCUAACUCUAGACCUUUCAAAUAACAAUAUUUCGGGGAGUCUACCAUCUUGUUUCGGCUCAAGGCUUAUAAAUCAUGUUCAUUUAUCCAAAAACAGGCUAGAAGGAUCACUGACAACACAGUUUUGUAAGAGCUCUUCUCUAGUAACGCUAGACCUUAGUGACAACCAGCUAAGUGGUAACAUCCCAGAUUGCAUCAAUAUGCUUGGUGACUUGAGUUAUCUUAUCUUGAAGAACAAUAAUCUUGAAGGUAAGAUCCCAUGUCAACUAUGCAAGUUGCAGAAAUUGAGCUUGAUUGAUCUAUCUCAGAACCAUCUUUCAGGCCGUAUACCCUCUUGCCUAAAUCUUACUACUAAUGAGCUAUAUAAUGAGGAUAAUUAUGUUGCUUCUACUCUUAUUCCUGGUCUAUUUCUUUCACGAUCUUUCAAGGAUACGCUUUCUAUUGGUGAACCAGUGCAUUUCAUAACACGGAAUUUCACAACAAAGAAUGAAAAGGAUAUUGGAGAACCAGUGCAUUUCACAACAAAGAAUAUGGAAUAUUCUUACAAGGGAAGACUUCUCACCUACAUGUCUGGAAUAGACCUUUCCUGCAACAAACUGAUCGGUGAAAUUCCUUAUGAAAUAGGGCACCUUAGUAAGAUUCAUGUACUAAACCUGUCUCAUAAUUUCUUGGUUGGUGGAAUCCCAUCUACAUUUUCUAACCUUAAGCAAAUCGAGAGCUUGGAUCUUUCCUACAACAAUUUGAGUGGGAAAAUUCCUCCCGAGCUUGUUGAGUUAUAUUUCUUAUCUACCUUUAGCGUAGCAUACAACAACUUAUCAGGUAACACACCAGCAAUGAUCCGACAAUUUGCAACAUUUGAUGGAAGUUGUUACCAAGGUAAUCCUCUGCUUUGUGGGGAACCAAUGAAAAGUUGCUCAAUAAGAAGUCCACCACCAAUGAUCCAGGAAGGUCCAACACAGGGCAGAGAAGAUGAUGGUUUCAUCGAUAUGGGUGUCUUCUACAGAGCAUUGCCAAUUCAGAUCAUAACAGUGGGGAAGAAGAGGUCCCCAGGUGUCCAGUUGCCGGUAGAUGGGUAUAUUGAUAGGCUCGGAAACUACUGUUCCGUUAAUGUUGUUCUAAGUCACUCUAACCCCAAAAAUUCACGAGAUGUGAAGGCCCAGGUUGAUGAUGAAGAUAUGGCUGUCAUGAACCAUAUCAGGUCUGAUGACUGGGUUGUGAUGUUGGAUGAGCAUGGAUUGGAUUUAGGGUCUGAGCAGUCUGCUGAAUUAGUAGGAGAUGCCGGGAGUAACGUAGGGAACUACAACUCACUAAAAGGUUGCCGAUAUUGAUGUAUUAAUUUAUCUAUGGAAUUGGAUUUGUUCUUGGUAUCAAUAUUUCUCUGUUCUGCGGCAAGAAUUAUAUAUAGCAAUGAACUUGCUGUUCUGUU